UGCGCUGAGUCCCUGUCGCUACGCGGUGGAAAUCCGCACCGGGGAGCUGCUGAGGGGGCGCGGGUGUCAUGUGAAAGCGCACAUGCUCCGCCAGCCCUGCAGCCCUCCUCGCUUUUCUUCCUCCUCUUUUUCCUGUCUGUCUGUGUUUGUGUGUUUUCCUUUAUUUUUAACGUAACUCAGUUCCUUCCCCCUCCCCUGCCUGUCGACAGCCAGCCGCGGCACCGCCGAACCCCGCCGAGCUCCGCGGAGGGCGGGCGGGCGAGGAGCGCGCCCGGCGGCGGGCAGCCCGCGGAGCCGCGCCCCGCGGAGCCGCCUGGGAGGGAUGGUUUUCCCGACAGAGCAGAGCCGCGGCGGCUGCCGCCUCCGCGGGUGCUGAGACGGGAUUUUCGUGGUGCGGUUCCCGGGCUCCCAGCUUCAUGACUGCGCGGAGCGGGGAUUCGCCAACACCAUGCGAGCACAAAUUGAAGUGAUACCAUGCAAAAUUUGUGGUGAUAAGUCCUCUGGAAUACACUAUGGAGUCAUCACAUGUGAAGGCUGCAAGGGAUUCUUUCGGAGGAGUCAGCAGAACAAUGCCUCCUACUCCUGCCCAAGGCAGAGAAACUGUUUAAUUGACAGAACCAACAGAAAUCGUUGCCAGCACUGCCGACUGCAGAAAUGUCUUGCCCUGGGAAUGUCUAGAGAUGCUGUGAAAUUUGGAAGAAUGUCCAAAAAACAGAGGGAUAGCUUGUAUGCUGAAGUGCAGAAGCACCAGCAGCGACUGCAGGAACAACGGCAGCAGCAGAGCGGUGAGGCAGAAGCUCUUGCCAGGGUUUACAGCAACAGCAUCAGCAACAGCUUGGGCAAUCUGAAUAACGAAACGGGCAGCACCUACUCAAAUGGGCACGUCAUCGACCUGCCAAAGUCUGAGGGUUAUUACAAUGUGGAUUCUGCCCAGCCUUCUCCAGAUCAGUCUGGGUUAGACAUGACUGGCAUCAAACAGAUAAAGCAGGAACCUAUUUAUGACCUCACCUCUGUACCAAACUUGUUUACUUAUAGCUCUUUCAACAAUGGGCAGUUAGCUCCGGGGAUAUCCAUGACUGAAAUAGAUCGAAUUGCACAGAAUAUCAUUAAAUCUCACUUGGAGACAUGCCAAUACACAAUGGAGGAGCUACACCAGCUAGCAUGGCAAACCCACACGUAUGAAGAAAUUAAGGUUUACCAGAGCAAGACCAGAGAAGCUCUUUGGCAGCAGUGUGCCAUUCAGAUCACUCAUGCUAUCCAGUAUGUGGUGGAGUUUGCAAAGCGGAUAACAGGCUUCAUGGAGCUCUGCCAGAAUGACCAAAUUCUCCUCCUUAAGUCAGGCUGCUUGGAAGUGGUUUUGGUGAGAAUGUGCCGUGCCUUCAACCCACUCAACAAUACUGUUCUGUUUGAAGGAAAGUAUGGAGGGAUGCAGAUGUUCAAAGCCUUGGGUUCCGAUGAUCUGGUGAAUGAAGCAUUUGACUUUGCAAAGAAUUUAUGUUCCUUACAGCUGACUGAGGAAGAGAUUGCCUUGUUUUCAUCUGCUGUUCUGAUAUCACCAGAUCGAGCCUGGUUAAUAGAGCCAAGGAAGGUCCAGAAGCUUCAGGAAAAGAUUUACUUUGCACUUCAACAUGUGAUCCAGAAGAACCACCUCGAUGAUGAGACUUUGACAAAGUUAAUAGCCAAGAUACCAACCAUUACUGCACUUUGCAACUUGCACGGAGAGAAACUACAGGUAUUUAAACAGUCUCACCCAGAUAUAGUGAACACACUAUUUCCUCCAUUAUACAAGGAGCUUUUCAAUCCAGACUCAACCACUGGCUGCAAGUGAAGGGGAUAAUGAAAUUUUCACGUAGUCAUGGAAUGCAUCACUGUUAAGACAAAAAGAAAUGUUUUCAUAAUGAACUUAUUAAAAAUGUCACUACUGCAACACUAGGAAUGUUCUGCACUUAAUAGAAUUAUUUUUCACCGCUACAGUUUGAAGAAUGUAAAUAUGCAAUUCUGAGUGGGGAUGUCUUUUUCUCUUUUUUUUUUUUUCUUUUUUUUUUUUUUUUUUGGACUGACAAUGGAUAUACAAAUAUAGGACACUGGGUGUUACAUUUUUUUUAAUUUUAUUUUAUUGGGAUAUGUUUUGGGAGACAACUGUUCAUAGAAUUUUAUUGUAGAUAUAAAUGAGAAUAGAGCAGUACUUUGCAGUAUUACUCUUGCUGUUUAUUGUUCAAAUAUAAUUUAAGAAAAUUCCACUUAUUAGUCUUGCCUAUUUCUAUGUUUUUAGAUAGUUUAAUGCAUGUGGAAAUUCAUAGCUGUCUUGGAAAUUAUUGUGCAUGUAUGAAAUACAUAUAUAUAUAUGUAUAUGUUCUGUAUACCUAUAUAUGUAUAUGUACGUAUUACAUACAUACAUGCUGUAGCUUAAAAGUCCCAUGCCUUCUUUUAAAGGAUGCUCAGCCAGGCUGUCAUGCAUUUCUUGCUCUCCACGUAAUAUAUUAGGUUUACUUCGAGCAAUCACGAUUUGCUUUGCCAGUCAGAGUUAAAUCAUCAACAGCCAAUGUGUAAUGACAGGAUCACUCCUGAAAUGUGUAAUGUAGUGCAUAUGUGCAGUCUGUAAAUGAAACAUCAGGAAUAUACCAAUGGUGCAAAAGCCUUGUCUGGAUGAUUUAAAUGGAGAGAGGAAAAGCUUUUAAAAAAUUUUCUCCCUGCUACUGGGAUACAGCAUAUGUAAGAGUGAACAUUUUAGGACCUGCGUCAGUUAAGUAUCUGAAACACAGAAUAAAAACAUAGACUGUCCCACCCAUUUCUCUGAGUACACAAAAGACUUCAUUUUACUGUUUGCUUAUUUGAAAAGUAGUUGCAAGACUUGGCUUGUUUUUUGUGAUUUUUUUUGUUUUGUUUUGUUUUGAAAGAAAUAUAGUGAACUCAGUGAAAACCGUAGAGAACCUAAAAUGUAGCUCUGAAAAGUAGCAGCAGAGAGGGAGGGAGGAGGAAAGUCAAAGUGAACAAUAGCCAUGGUUAUGAAGAUGAACAUAACACUAUUUCUGACAAGCCAUCACCUAAACAAGACUGAUGGUUUCCAUUCCACAUAUAUAUAUAUGUUAAAUACACUUACAUAUAUACAUACAUAGGGUUGAUUUGAUGCGCACUUCAGGAGGCAAGCAAAGGAUUGGGGCUUUCUUUUUGACGUCUCUAAAUUGAUUUUACAUGCAUUUGCUUGCAAAACCAAAGGUGAACACAGAGAGAAGACUGCCACAGACAUAAUCUUGUAGAUUAAUUAAGUUUAAUUGCAGUCAUGAUUAAUGUAUUUGGACUCUAUUAGAGAUAAAAAACAUAAACUUUCUGCCUGUGGAAGAGCAGGGAUUCGGUUCUUGCCAUGUCUCUGUCCUUAUCAUCACAUCUAUCUAUUGGGAGCUUUUCCAGAAAAGUGUCCUUACGAAAUGCCAGUGCAAGGAGUUAAACAGAAAUAGGAGGAAGCAGAAGUAAGUAGAAAAGAAAUGAAGCAGAGACAGGGUCAUGAGCAGAUGCAUUUCCUGAUUUCAAAUCUCACAGAAGGCAGCAUGAGCUGAGAGCUGGUGAGGAGGAGCUGAAGGCCCCACCACCAGGCCAUAGGGCAGAGCUGUGUCGCUGGGAACCUGUGGAGACACAGCUGGGCUCCAGGGUGGGUGCAGAAACUUGUGUCACCGAUAGCUUAAUACCUCUGGCUUUUCCAGAAGACCACAUAGGUCCCAUCUGAAUCCUCUUUUCCUUUUUCUGCAUCAACAAGUAAUUCUCAGCCUAUUCCAAGCACUUGGUAAAGUUUCCCCUUGCCUGCCACCAAACACUUUCUAAGUUUACAUACACACUUCAUGACCAUGACUUCAUGACUGUCUGUUCCAUUUUAGCAGUCCCAGACUUGCUGCAAGAGCAGUUACAAACCCUUAGCUAAUAAUGCUUCUCUGUGAAUCUAUUCUGAGUGCAAAAUAAAUACAAAAACUGCCCAGCCAAGUUAAUUUUGCUCAGAGAUUUGUUGUAAAAAUGACAGAGUCUUCCAAAUUACUUAGUCCUAGAACAAAUCAGUCUCUAAAAUACCCUUUUUGCACCAAAUUCCUAUCACAUAUUCUGAUGAUUGUAUUAAAAUAUCUUCAGUUAAUGUAGUAAAACUGGUUUUGAUGCUUCUUUAUUCUACCUAAGCCCUAAGACUGGAAUCCUGCUGUAAGGUGAUUUUAUCUGUUUGCAGCCUAUGGAUUUGCAUGACAAAUCCAUGAACAGCACUCCAUACUUUGCCUAUUUCUAAUAUUAAAAAAAUUAAUUAACCAGUAUUUAUGCAAGGUCAAUUUGUAUAUAUUUGGAAAAAAGUCAAACUGAAUCUUGUAAGAGCUCAACUUUAACUGUGAGGGAUUCGUGUUUUCCAUGUCUUUUCCAAUAUGAGGACAUAUUUACAUAUAUAUAUAACAUAUAUACGCUUGUUUGAAAUCCAUAACAAUAAUAAUCUGUUAUUUUCAGUAUGUUAAAAGUCAGAUAUUUAGCCAAUACACAGAAUAGAGAAUGUGCUAAGUAUUACUGCUGUUAGAGUUGAUAAACAAAGAACUCUGUUAUGCUUAUAAACAAUCCACAUUUCUGUAUUACAUAUUGAAAAUCUUUCAUUGUUUUCAAAUAAGCCAAUCUUUAGUUGGUUUUAUGAUUUAUGUUGUAGGCAAGAUGAUAAAAAUGAAUAUCACCUGUGAAAAGACAUUUAAUCAUUAUUCAUAGGGAAUUUCAUCCGUAAAGCACUGUUCUUAAAUCAUAGCAACCUCAUGAUCUCUUCAAUCAGUAAAAGAUUUUAAAGAUAAAGAAAUGAAGGCAAAGAAGUUAAAUGACUUGCCAGAGACCACAGAGCCAGCAGAAUCCAGUCUGAGAUUAAAAAUCGAUUCUCUUCUUUUGUCCUAAAACCAUUAGCAAAAUGGUAUGCAAAAUCUUCAAGACUGAACAAAUAUUACCAAACAAAUUAUUAUCUUCAAAUAAAUUAAUUAUCAAUAGUUUGUUCAAUUUUUUUUCUAUUUUUACAGAAUUUGAGCAAGUAACUCUAUUAUUUAUUUUGAUAGCAAAAAUUCAUUCUCAUACACUAUUUACUUGUGCUAAUUAGAGCUGAUUAAACUUAUUUAAUUUUCUGUGAUUUCAGUCUAGCCACAUAGGUAAAUUAGUACUUCUGCCCUUUGUUCAUUGUGCAUAGAACAAGAAAUAGCAAUGAGAUGCUACAGGCUGGGUUUUUGUUGUUGAUACAGUCAUUUGUAUACAACAUUCUAAAUUCUCAAUAUGGGAUUUUAAACGUUCAAGUUAUCCUUAGGCUUUAAACGAUGAAAUAGCACAACUUCAAUUAAGUAACUGCAUAGCCACUCACAAAAUGCAUUUCAGACAAUACUACUAUAAUGCUUUAUUUCUAAGCUUUCGUUAAUCUACAGUAGCAUCUGAAGCCUUUCAAUUAAACCUCUAGAACUAUGACUUGUCACAUCUGCUCUCUAGUAACGGGCUAUAUUUAGUUUUUUAGUGACAAUCUUUUCAAAUGGGACACAACUUUUAAUGAUUGAUUAACCCCACAUAUUCAACAAAAGAAUAUUUAAAACAUAUAUUGAAUCUUCUAGCAUUGCUCUCAGAUAAUUGGACCCCAUUGAUCUAAAUUAUACUUGGCAUUGAGCAGGCAGAUGUAGACUAUUUGUUACACUACCACAGCGACUUAAUUUUGGUCUAAAUGUCACUCUUGCCAGCUCUUUGUAUAAAGAAUUAAUUCCAAGAGUCAUAUUUUCUUCUAAUGGAAAGAUUUCUUUAGUAAUUGCUUGGGGGGGGGGGGGGGAAAAAAAAAAAAAAAAAGAAACACAGGGUAAUAGAAAGCAUUCAGUUGAACCAACUGGUUUCCAAAAACAACAUAUAUUUUAAGACUGCUUUGUGACAGACAGCUUUUAGGAAUUGAUUCUGCAUGUUGUCAGGCUCCCAUAGCUCUAACAGGCCACUAGAAAUGGAGACAUUUCACUACUGCACAGAAGGUGUUCAGCCCCUCAUAAAGUCAGAGGCCCUUGGUGUUGCCAGGUCCCUUCUGAAGUGAGAUAUCAUCAUUCUUGCUUUUGAAUACUCUUACUUCAUGCGUCCUGUUGUUCACUUCAGCUUCAUUUCCCAGGGACCAGUUUAUUCUCUGUUGUGCCCUGAGCACCAAUGCUGUCUCAACACCUGUGCAAGGUUAAGGUGCUCUGGUGGAGUAGCUACAGGGCUUGUCCAUGAAGAUGAUCUUUAUUAUGUGACUUUCUUUGUUUGCUUUCAUGGUCACAGCUUGCACAGGUGUUCUUUUCCCUUUGGGUUAGUGUUGGUGGGAUUUCUGACCUAGCAACUACUGCACAAGGAGGAUGUGAAGCUACUGCUGUGCCCUGGCCCCUCAGCCUCCCACCACUGGACUGUGGCAGCCCAUCAAGGCCGUGGCAAUCUUCAAGGCAGACAGGCAGCUCAACUACAGAUACACAGCUGGUGGCUUCUUACUGCACUGUCCUUCUCACCUCCUGUAAAGCUGUGCUACAGAGUGCAGAUCAGUCACAUCCAAGCUGCCCACAUCUUCCUUCUUUCUGAUUUCUCACUGAUUAUACCAUUUCCAGAAGGACCAAGGUCCAGCCUGGAAGUUGGUUCCUACUUUCAGAGCCAUUGUCUAUUAGACAUCCCAGGAAUAUAGAACUUGGGCAAUCAUAUCAAAUUAAAACACAGCACCGUUGUUUUUUUUUAAGUACAUGUGAAAUGGAAACCUGGGACAGAACAGCUUUCUUCUUAUGGCAGUAACAGAGUACCUACAUCUACCAUCCUAUCCCAGCACUUUCCACCUCUGCUCUGGAGACUAACUCCUCUCUCUGACAUCCAUUAGGAACAGCGUGUUGGAGACUCAGUCCUCUUCUUUCUUUUUUAUGUUUCAUGCUUUGUAAAUGACAAUCACUGCUUGAUGCAGAUGUUGCACUGUAUGCCACUCAGGGAUGUAUCAUUAUUAAAAAUAGCUAUAUAAAUAUAAUGGUGAUAAUAAGGAAGAGAAUGCUAGAGGCAUGAACGAAGGGUACUGGUUGAGCUGCCCAGUGAACAUGACCCAGACAAGGCUUUCCAGCCAGUGAUUAGAAGCAACAUUGGUAUAAACUGAAUUCACUGACAGAAUUUCCUCAGUUUGUUGCAGGACUCACCUCACCUGUUGUUUCACAGGCAGUGGAGCCCUACUCCAGUCAGUAGGUAAACCAGUCAGUUUGUGAUGAUAUGUCCUUUUUUAAACAAAACGUAAGCAAGCUCUGUAUGAGUUACAGAAUUUAGACAGUUGACAAAAGAAACAGUUUAAAUGCACUGAGUUUAGGUACCACAAAUGCGAGAUCAUAUUCAGAAUUGCUCCAGGCAUGUAAGAGGAAAAGCUAAACCGUGAAAUAAAUCUUUACGUCAGCAAGAAUAGCAACAGUCUUGUUGAGCUACCACAUGGAGAAAUGCCUAUAAAGAGCAAGCAGUAUAAAAUGAAGUGGCUAGAAACUGCCCUUUUCUCUCAGGGAAACACGAAACCACAGCUACACCCAGGCCUCUGGAGCAAUGUUUCUCCAUGAUCUGACCAGGUCUUUUAUCAUCUCCAGCAAACAUGACCCCUUUUUUAACAGCAUUAGUGAAAAAGACUCACAUAUCCUACUAAUAUGAAAUGCGAAAUGCACUUUUGCUUAUCCCUAGUUUUACAUUAAAUGCUUUCCAGUAGACCCAUCUUCUCAACAACACAUACAGAACUGUAACUUGCAGUGGAUUAUCUUGCCAGUUAUCAAUUUGACUUUGAGUCUCCAACCAAUAUGUUUUACUCAGUUCUCAGUAUGGUCAUUGCCACUAUUCUCAUAAUGACUUUGUGUAAGUUUUGAUUCUUUCCAUCUUCUCAAUUCUGUACACAUAGAUGAGUGGAUAACCUCAUCAAGAGGUGGAAAGGAGAGGCCAACAUCCCUAAGCAUAAAGGCUUUCAUCAUAGUUUUCUUCACCAACUGUCUCAUUGUGAUGAGUUUAAUUUUCAGGUUGCUGGAAAACAUACCAAAAUGACUGAAUUUCUUGCUAGCAAGAUAACUACCCAUUAAAAACAAUAAUCUUUUGGCCAGAGAACCUUCCCUCUCCUUCUUUCUCCUUCUAAUUGUACCUCCUAAUGAAUGAGGCCUCGAGUGAUACAUGACUCGUCUUUACUCCUUCCCAAAGCUGAAAUUCACGUGCUGUCCAAAAGGAAGUCUGCACCCAGGAUAGAGGAAGCAGACUCCUUCCUUCACUUCCUCUCAGCCUCUGUCUCCUCACUUAUCUGCAUUGUCCUUGCAUGUGUUGUCCCUGCAAGUCAGACUGACUCUGUGACAGUAAGUACAGCACCCCAGUAACUUGCCAUCCCAGAAAAGGUUUGCAGCAGACCACUCAAUUAAAAAAGCCGCUUGUUUAUGCAGUCUAAACUGCAGACAAAAGCCAUUGAGAAAAAUAAGAGACCUAAAAUUUCUCCAGUGGUAACUCACAGGUUAGUAAGUCACUUAAAAAGGCAUCCCAAAUGUUUGGUGGCAUUAUGGAUGUGUCAGCGUCCUCUAAAAAAAUCCUUCCUUGUUGCGUGUCCUGAUGGAAGAAGGCAAUGCACUAAACACACUGGAAAAGGAGUGAUAUUUCCUGGGUGUUACUGCAGUCAGUCAGGGUAAUACUGCUCACAUGGAGUUCAG